GCGCAGGCGCAAAAGAGGAAAACAAGUGGGGGGAAAAAGGGGUUUUUUAAUCCGUUUUGUAGGCGUCUCGGCCGUAUAGCCUGCAUGUCCGCACUAUGCGAUCCGGCGGGGGUGGUGGGGCCUCCGGGGUCCGCCCCGAGCCCCAAACCGGCCGCCGCGCCUCCGUCGCUCAGUUCCCAAGAAUUGGCCCAGGAGAUCAAAGCUUUCCUCAGUGGCGUCGACCCCAUCCACGGGAACAAACUCACCAUCAAGGAACAUGCCCGAUGUGCCAUUUUACUGCUGCGCAACUUACCUCCCGCUCGCAGUGCUGUGUUGGAGCACCUCCGGAGUGUCUUUGAUGAAUACGUCUGCACCUACCUGUUGGAACUGGAGGCUGGCGACGGUGGGAUGGGUGGCCUCCGCUCCCAGGGUCCCAACUUGGACGACGUGGUGUCGGAGAUCCAAACCGUCUUGUCGGAGUUUGUCCGCAUGAAUCCCAAAGCUUGGGCCGCUCUCGUUUCCUCCUGGUCGAUCGACCUGAUGGGGCAGCUGAGUAGCAAAUACGCCGGGCGGCACGACGUACCCCACGCCAGCAGCCUCAACGAACUGCUGCAGUUAUGGAUGUCCUGCAAAGCCACUCGGGUCUUGAUGGAGAUUUACACCCAGUGCCUGUCCUCCAUGAUCAAUACCUGUCCAGACGCUUGCGUCGAUGCCCUCUUGGACACGUCGGUUCAGCACUCGCCUCAUUUCGAUUGGGUGGUGGCCCACAUCGGCUCCUCCUUCCCCAACACCAUCAUCAACCGGGUCCUGUCCUGCGGUUUGAAGGAUUUCUGCGUGCACGGGACAGCUUCGUCAGAUCUCCUCCUCUUUCCCAGCUCCACAGCAGCCGAUAAGCGGGUUCCCAAGAUCGCCUCGGUGGUCGGCAUCCUCGGCCACUUGGCCUCCCGCCACUCGGAAAGCAUCAAGCAGGAGUUACUAAGGAUGUUCCACAGGAGCCUGGGGCCCACCAGAGACCACCAGCAGAAGGCCACUGUCCCUUUCUUGCUACAGCUGGCAGUCAUGUCCCCCACGUUGUUGAGUACCAUCUCUGCAGAACUGGUGGACUCCCUCAAGCCCGGCGUCCUCAACCAGCUGCACCAGCACUUCGCAGUGCUGCCCCGAGAAGAGCUGGAGAACAUGGUCAGCAUUGUGGUGCACCUCAUCUGCCAGACGUCUGGAGGAGCCUACCGUACCUUGCAGUUCCUUGUCAACACGGCCAUGCCAGCUUCAGUCAUCACCACCCCAGGCCUGGCGGUCCACGACAGCGUGCGGGAGGCCUGCGACCGGGUGAUCCAGCUGUUGCUCCUCAAUUUGCAGAAGCUGGUUUACAACCGGGGUUCGGCCAGCUUGGUGGAGGUCCCUCCUCGCGCCGUGCCGUUCUUGGACGACCUGAAGAACCACAUGCAGGAGCUGUGCACGGAGACGCUGAAGCUGGAGAGGAAGAGGUUUCUCUGGCUGCACCAGCUGCUCGUCCUGCUCUCGGUCUACUCCACCCCCAGCUGUGCCAGCGAGGCCCUCUUCUACCUGCUGACCCUGGCCAAGAGCCAGGAGGAGCUCAGCCUCGCGACCCAACUCUAUGCCGUCCUCAGCUCUUGCAUGACCGAUCUGCUGCCCGCCCUGGUGAAGAAGUCCGUGCGCCAGCUCCAUGCUGGGUUUCUCUCCGAGCAGCACAUGGCCCAGCUCUUUCAGAACCUGGCCUUGAUCAUGCAGUGGGAAGGGGAGAGCCCGGCCUCCAUGGGCCACCAGCUGGGACAGGCCGUCUCCUUCCACAUCUACGACUUUGGGCAGCUGCUGCUGCACAGCAAUCCAGAGGUGGCCCAAGCGGCCGCCCUGCUGCUGUCGGUCUGUCCCAUGCCCAAGGCCAUUCGGCCGGCCCAUUUGCUGUUCCUCAUCCGUUCGUCCGUGCACCACUUCUUCUCGGUUUUGCGGGACAAGUCUCCGGCCGGCAUCAGCUACGAGCCGCUCCUUUGCGGGCUGAGCGGUGCGUCGCCCACAGCCAGCAAGGCCAUCCUGCAGUACCUGGUGGAGGGAGCCUUGCACCAGGGCAACGCGGAGCUUUUCGGGGGCACGGUGGAGCCCCCUGCCGCCAGGAACGACGUCACACUGGAGGCCACCAAGUUAUCCCUCCUGGACAUCAACCGGCGUUUCAUGGCGGCCGUGAACUUCUCCGGGAGCGUCUGGUCGGUGUUUCACGCGGGAGUGAUUGGCAAAGGCUUAAAACCGCCCCAGGCUUCCCAUCGGCAAGAACCCGAGGAGAUCUCCCAUAACGUCCAGAUUUUUUUGGGCCUCUUGCUGAGGUGCUGCGGGGCAGGACGCUCAGGACCCCCCGAGCUGCCCCGGGGCAACGCCAUCAACCCCGAAGCGGCCAAGAUGGUAGCUGUCGUGUUGGUGGAGACGGUCUGCCCGGAUGUAACCAACAGCGAGCUGGCUUGGCCUCCCGAGGAGCACACUCGCAACACCGUGGAACGGGACAUCCGAAUCGGACGCUCUUUCCGCGACAACCCUUUGCUAUUCGAGCUCUUGAAGUUGGUGGCUGUCGGGAGGCCGGCCUUGUGUUACUGUUCGGUGUUGCUCCGGGGUCUGAUGGCCACGCUGAUGGCUCAUUGGGAGGCCUCCCGGGAGAACGACACCAACAGCUCUCCCUGGCCUCUGCAGGCCUCUUGCGCGCUGGUGGCCUGCAUGGGGGAAGGCCACCUCCUGCCUCCCGUCUUGAGCAACAUGCACGAGAUCUUCGACCAGCUGGCCCCCUUUGAGGUCCACCUGCUCCUUCUCAGCGUCUGGGACUACAUGAGGGACAACAGCCCCUUGCCCCAAAAAUUCAGCUUCGAUGCCAGCACGGGGCUUUUCUUCCGGGAUUUUUCCCGUGACACCGACGCGGGCAAAUAUCUCUACGUCUUACACAGCGUCGUGCAUAAAAACAUCGACCGGCUGGGUCUGCUUUCAGGGCGGUUCCACCCUUAAGGGGCUCGGCUCAGAUGCGGUUUGGAGAGGACCUUUCGGUGCUGUGGAUUAGGGGGAGGCGGGGUUGGGGAAGAUGGGGGCUCUUUCGUGGAUUGGAAUUGUUUUGGAGAGAAGCUCACGAGAGGCUUUGGCGUCAAUUUGCUUCGAUGUGAAAGCGGAGGGAAGGGUCUUUGGGAAGGGGAGGAGGAUUUAUUUUUGGGGGGGGUCUUGCAUUUUAAUUGGUUCAACUUGCAAUUAAGGAAGGACUAACAAAGGGAAGGUUGGAAAUACGUGAAUGGGGAGAAUAUUCGCAUUUUGUUUUCUUGUCCUUCCUCUUUCUUCCUUUCUCCUCUUCCCUUAUCUUUUUCACCUCCUCCUCCUCCUCUUCUUCCUUCUUCUUCUUUUCCUCUUCUUCCUCCUCCCACUUCUUCUUCUUCUUCUUCUUCUUCUUCUUCUUCUUCUUCUUCUUCUUCUUCUUCUUCUUCUUCCUCCUCUCCUCCUCCUCCACUUUCUCCUCCUCUAUUCCUUUUUCUCCUUCUCCUCCUGACCUUCCUUCUCCUCUUCUUCUUUUUAUUCCUUACCUUUUUCCUAUCCUCCUUUCUUUCCUCCUCUUCCUCUUCCACUCAUCCCUCUACCUCCUGUCCUUCCUUCCCUUCCUUUUUUUCUCCUCCUCUCCACCUUCAUUCUCUUCUCUACUCUUUAAUGCACACACGAGUUUUUUAAUGAACACUCGCUCCCAAACAGACAACAGUUUUUUAACAAGUUUCUUUGCAAGAGUUUAUUGAUAGUCAGUAAAAUACAGCCACAUCAUCAUCCUGGGUAUUGAGUGACAAGUGGAGCUGGAGGGGCCUUGAGCAGAGAUUCUCCAUCUUCUUCCUUCGGUUGAUUCUGAGCACAAUCAAUAAAAUAAAAGCAGGAAGUCACAGCGCUUUGCAUUUCCUUCGUAAUCGGAACAAGGGGAAAAUAUCUCAUUCUCUUUCUCUGCCAGGCUCGGGAUGAACUUUUAAGUACAAAAAACCCCCUGAAACUGAUGAUUCAUGGAUUUGGGUGGAUUUUUUUAAAAAAAGGGUUAAAAACGGAAGGAAAAGGAAAAGGAUGUCAGUAGAAGGCAGGAAGUCAAAAUUUCGUGGUCUUUUUUUUUUUUCCUUCUGAUUUCCUAACUUUUUUCUUAUUUUUUUUUUAAAUACUUUUAUUGUGCUGUGAAAUUUUAAUAAAAAAAAAUAAUAUGAGCAAACCAAACAAAAGAUGGACAUUGCAAAAACCC